AUGAAAUUCUUAGCUCUUAUUUCAGGAGGCAAAGAUUCCAUUUACAAUAUUAUUAGAUGUUAAUAAGAAGGUCAUGAACUCAUACUCUUACUAAACCUAUAUCCUAAAUGUAUUAAUGUAUUACAAUCCUACUAGAAAUUGGUGUUGAAUCUGAUAGCUUUAUGUAUCAGAGUGUUGGCACUAAUGCAAUCUAAGCUAUUGCAUAAGCUAUGGACAAACCAUUAAUGACUAGAGAAAUUAAAGGAAUACCUAAAAUUACUAAUUUAGACUAUUAAAGUAAAGAUGAAGAUAGAGUUGGUGAUGAGGUUGAAGAUCUUUAUCUCAUUUUAAAAGAUGCUCUUCUUGCAUAUCCUGAUAUCAAAGGAGUCAGUUCUGGAGCUAUUGCUUCCACUUAUUAAAAACUAAGAGUUGAAGAUUGGUAUUUCAAUCUGCUUAUUAUAGUUGUAAUAGAUUAGGAUUAACAUCACUUGCUUAUUUAUGGAAUCAAGAUUAGUUUUCCUUAUUGGAUCAAAUGUUGCAGAAUAAUAUGAAUAUCAUACUCAUUAAAGUUGCAGCCAUGGGAUUGACUUCCAAACAUUUAGGAAAAACCAUUCAAGAAUUAUACGAUUACUUUAAAGAAAUAGUAAUAUUAUUCAAAAGUCUAUUUUUAGAAUUCCAAAUUUGGAUUUCAUCCUUGUGGAGAAGGAGGAGAAUUUGAAAGCUUUGUACUCGAUUGUCCACUUUAUAAAAAAAGAAUUCAAAUGUAGUAUCUUAUAUUUAAAUCUCUUAGAAAUGAAACAGAAGUUAUUUGUCAUGAAGAAAAUCCUAUUGCUCCUGUCUUUUAUCUAUUAAUUAAAAAGUAUGAACUCAUUGAUAAAAAUUGAACCUUAAAUAACAUCG